CUGACGUGGGAGUUUCAGGUGCUGCCUCUUCGCCUACAGCACUGCCUGGCUGUGGACGCUACGCAUUUCUUCAGUAUUAGUUGUUUUUUUUUUUUAGUUACUUUGAAUUUGGGCUUAGUGUAUUUUAAUUAAGUCUCCGAGGGAAGAGAAUUAAACAUGUUUUGGACGGUCUUCGUCGCCGUUUUAAUGGCGACAGAGUCCACUCUGGCCAUCUCGGUCACAUGUCCUACCAAGAGGUACAUUAUUAUGCUCUUCCAACCUGUCACACUCACCUGUGAUUACACCACCAGUGCCACCCAGCCUCCUGUGAUAACAUGGAAAUACAAAUCUUACUGCCGAGACCCGAUCCAGGCAGCACUUAACCCGAGCAGCGCGGAAAACAUCUUGAGUCAGAACAACCCGAACUAUAACCCCAACAUCGAGUGUGCUGACUCUCAGAGAACAGUCCGCAUCGUGGCAUCCAAGCAGGGCGAUGCCAUUUCACUGGGCGAGGAAUACCAGGCUCGCAAGAUCAGCAUCUUAAACAAGGCAGACCUGAAUAUCGUUAAUGCUGCGUGGGGGGAGAGCGGUGUCUACUUCUGCUCCGUGGUCUCAUCCCAGGAUCUUAAAGGGAAUAAUGAAGACUACACUGAAGUACUUGUGCUUGAGAGAAAGUCUAAUACUACUGACCUCCUGCCUGGCAUUGACUUACUGGUUAUGGAAGACUGGCUCCUGGUUCUUCUGGUGGUUUUGGGCUUCAUUUUGCUCCUUGUUCUGUUUGGGAUCUGCUGGUGCCAGUGUUGCCCACACACCUGCUGCUGCUACGUCAGCUGUGUCUGCUGCCCAGAGCGCUGCUGCUGUCCACGAGCAUUGUACGAAGCAGGAAAAGCAGUUAAGAAAGGUGUGCCCAGUCAUUAUGCUCCCACCCUCUAUGCUCCUGGUAUGUAUGCUCAGCCUGUGUAUGGCGGCUCACAAGGUAACCAGUCCGUCAUCCCCCUGCUGCCCAUACCCAAUGGAGGUGGACUUCCCCAAAACGGUUACGGUCGUGACUACGAUGGUGCCAGCUCAGUGGGUCAGGGGUCCCAAGUGCCUUUGCUGCAGGACACUGGAGCAGACCCCACUCGUAGUGGUUAUCGUAUCCAGGUGGACCCAGAUGGAAAUGCAACCCGGGCCAUUUACUACAUGGAGAAGGAGCUGGCCUCAUUGGAUCCCUCUAGACCUGCCAACUACAGUCGCUUGGACAACAUGAGCACCGUCACCUCCCUGCAUGACAGCGUGGAACCUCGAGGUCGUGGGGGUCGCCCUCCCUUGGCCACAGUUUAUGACCAAGACGAAGCCAUGAGCACCAUCAGCAGCGUCUCCCAGCAAGGCCAGCGUCGUGAUGACUACCCACGCCAUGGUGGGGUUCCCAACGGGGAUCGUGUACGUGCCCGCUCCAUGGAUAACCUUGAUGACAUUGGACGGCGGUACAGACAUGAGUACCCCCCACAUAGAGGCCCAGAUGAGCCCAGAGGCAGGAGAGGGUCUGAUGACGAGUGGAGCAGCAGCACUCCCAGCGGCCAUGAUCGUCCCUAUGAUGACCGUAGACGUCGUGACUACUCCCCUGAUGAUCGCAGAGGAAGAGACAGAGAACCUCAGGGUGGCUUCGCAGGGGGCCGCAGCCAUAGUCGCGAUGAUCUCAUGGAGAUGGAGAGGGACCGUAGGCAUGCCGGUGGCACCAGGGGUGGCCGGGAAGAUUAUGACGACAGGUUCCUGCGAGAGGCCAUGGAGAGGAAACGGUUGGGCGAACAACAGAGAGCACGCAGCCUGGAGCGACUGGAUAGCGUGAGUGACCGCUCAGAAAGGGGAAGGGGUCCACGUGGGCCCCCGCCACUUCCACUGUGCCCGCCUUCUGGAUUUCAUGACCGCCGGGAUGAUUACCCACCACAUCAUCUGCCCCCAUACAGUGACAAUGAGAGCGUGUCAUCUUCAAAGAAAACUAACCUUCGCAAGAAUGGAGCUGUGAGUCGUGAGAGCCUGGUUGUGUAAACCAAUCAAGAUCUUGAAUACAGCUUUAACCUAUCAAAAAAAGAUGCAGUUGUUUUUUAGAAUUGUAUAUAUUACUCCCACUGCUAAUCUGAUAUCCGGAUUUUAUAUGUCUGACAAUUCAAAUUUUUGUUAGUUAUAAUUUCAAACUUUUUUAACAAGGAGGCACACCUCUGUGCUUUCUGUUAUGUAUAAAAAAUGUGGCUGCCACAAGUGCCUUAAUGUGUACAGAGUUGUAACUGUAGAUCCUUUUAACUAAGCUCUUUCUGAUGGUAUUUUUACAUCUUGACAAGUAGAAGUAAAAAUUAUCCAGUUUUAAUGCUUUGAAUUUGAACCUUUGACUAGUUUUAGUUAACUUGAAUGCAUUUGUCUAGAGUUAGUUAUGUGCUUUUAUGUACAUUUUAUUUUUUGUACUUUUGUUGUUUUUUGUUUUAUAAAAUGAUGUACAAUUUAGUCAUUAGCCUUGUCACUCUUUUGAGACAUUAACUGAACAAGGUUUUGUUUGUUGUUAAGACUUGCAGUUUUAAUCCACAGUAUGCUGUACAGCUGACCAGUUUUAUGCUUUGAUGAUGUAAAUCCUUAUUAUGUCAAAAAUGUAAUUUUACAAUAAAGGUAACUUUUUUUGCUAA